GAGAGAGAGAAAAAGGAGAAACAUGUUGGAGAACCACACACUGUAGAGAAAGAGAAGGAGAAACGUGUUGGAUAACCAAACACUGAAGAGAGAGAGAGAGAGAGAAGGAGAAAGAUGUGUCGGAGUACCACAAAACUGUAGAGAGAGAGAGAGAAGGAGAGAGGAAUUGGAGUACCACAAAAACAGUAGUGAGAGAAGAGAAAGGGAGGCGUGUUGGUGUAUCAUCUCUUUGUAGUUGAGUGUUAGCGUUAGAUAUGAGUCAAUAUCUGAUUAUUUUAUCUUGCUUCCUAUCUGUUCUAGAGGGUGUGGAGUCUGAGGUCACCACGGUGCAAGAGGGACAAGAUGCCAGCAUCAAAUGCUCUCACACACUGGCACGUGACAACGUUAAAUACUUCUGCAGAGAUCCAUGUACACACGAGGAUGUCCUUAUCACAUCUGAUUGCCAGAAUGACUCUCAACCAAGAUUUUCACUGUUAGACCAUGGGGAUGGGGAUUUUGUCGUCACCAUCUCUAAAGUGAAGUUUACAGACGCUGGAAUAUACUACUGUGGAGUUGAUCGCUCUAUCAAAGACACAUUUGAAAAAGUCACAUUAAAGGUGACUCCUGCCCAAACAACACAGCCUGUUGGCCCAUCUAUUACACAGCCUGGGUCCAGCACGGACCACGACGUGGAAGACAAAAAAGGUGAUUCCAGUGAGGAGGACAAUGUGGCCUAUUCAAACCCUUUUCCUCGGAUAAAAUCAGGGCCAGUACCAAAGGACACAUCCAAACAAGCUGAGGGAGCACCAAGUGGUGUUGUGUACAUUGGUGUUGGUCUGGCUGCGGUGGUGUUUGUGUUGGUCCUCAGCCUCUCUAUGUUCUACACACAGAAAACCAGAGUCAGGAAGGCAUCAGCUCCCUCUGCUGGACAUACACCCAACACUCGCUCCGGAAGUAAUUACCAGGUCCAGUGUGAGUAUGCUGAGAUCACAAGCAGUCCCUGUCACCCCACCUCCAACCAAGCCCCAGCCAGCACAGGCCCAUCCCCUAUCUAUUCCAAUGUCCUGCCACCGUCCAAUCAAAAUCCAGACUCCAUGGACUACUCCACAGUUCGCUUUGAUCGAGAUGAGGAGUCUCUCCAGUACGCCACUUUGAGAUUCACUGACCCACCAGCAGGGGGAUACAGACACCAGAGUACCUCCGGGUCAGUUAUCUACUCCACCAUCAACCUCUAGAUACGAAGGCACGAUGGAUGUUUGAUUUUGAUACUACCUACUUCUGGCAUUUUUGUACAUCUAUCUAUCUAUCUAUAUUAUUAUUAUUAUUAUUAUUAUUAUUUAUUGUAAUAUUGUUGCUGCUGUGGUAGAAGUGGUGUAUCUUUCCAGAACAGAAU